AUGUCAAUCGAUCCCGUACCCUCUCCCCCUUCGACCUCGAACGAGACACCUCGACCGGACUCGCUACCCGUGGGAAAGGAAGCUCGGGAAGACGCUCAUCCAGCACACGGGAUGGCCAUCAGUCAGCUCGUCUCGCCCAUCUCGUCAGCAACACCCAAGCUAGAACGCUCGGAUCCCGUCUCGGCAGAGUCACCUCCACCUCCACCACCACCGUCCUCGACUGCCCCUCCUCCUGCACCGUCCAUGACACCUCCAGCGAGUGCAGCGAGUGGACAGCAGGAUGGUUCUGUGGGUCUGACGGCUCCCGUACAGGCUGGAGUUAUGGGUAGCGGGAUGCCAACGAGUGACGCUAGAAGCGAAAAGAUGGACGUCGAUGCCGACGGCACGAAUCCAGAGGUCGCUGUCGAGGCAAUAUCACAUACGCCAGAUGGCGCAACGAACGGCACCGUUGAUACGGCGCAGCCUUUGACUCCCGGCGCGGCAGCUGAGACGGGUGUGUCCCUAAAGCGAUCGAGUCCAGAUGACGAGCGCGAGAUUGAGAGGUCGCCGAAGCGGGUCAAGGAUGAUGGAGAGCAGGGGUCGGGUGUUAUCAAGCAGGAGAGGUCAGAAAUGGAAGUGGAUCAGCACCAACAAGAGCAGCAGCAGGAAUCACAGCCAAUGCGGGAGAGUCCGGCUGUCAAGACAGACGACAGUCAACAUGAACCCCAGAAUAACGGCUUGCCGGACCCCGCCCACCCGGUCAGCGACCCUGCCUUGCUUCCUCCUCAAAAUCUCUACCUUCCUGGGACUUACCUCCCACCCGCCCGACCUCCUCUAGGCUCGACGGCACCGAUGACGUAUCAGCAAUACCGUUCCCUGAUGGGCCUGCUCAAGUCGGCGAAGAAGCAAAAAGAUAGUUUUGCCUUUGUCGCCCCCGUGGAUCCCAUCGCGCUCAACGUUCCCCACUAUUUCACCAUCAUCAAAAACCCCAUGGACCUCGGGACGGUCGAACAAAAGCUCAGCCAAUCCAACCCGGCGCCGAACAAGUUGAAGGUGCCGGCCGGUCAGCAGCAGCAGUCGGGACCGUAUUCCUGCGUUGCGGAUGUCGUCAACGAUGUCAGACAGGUAUGGGCGAAUACGAGGAUUUUCAACGGACCGCAUCAUGUCGUCAGUAUCAGCGCGGAUAGGUUGGAAGAAUUCUUCGAAACACAGUUGGAGAAGCUGAAGUUGAACGAGAAUCCUCCUCCUCCUCCGGAACAAGCUGGGCCAUCGUCGUUCCGAUCACAAGGCUCUGUUCCCGCCGAAGAACGAACACGCCGACCGUCCAUCUCGCAGCCCACCAUCCGACGAAACCCAUCCGACGAUUAUGGAACGGGAGAGAGCAGUCGACCGAAACGCGAGAUUCACCCGCCCACGCCGAAAGACUCGACCUGGGUCGAACCUAUUCCUCAGGUGGCGAAAGCGGGCAAGGGCAGGGCCAAUUCGAGCCCGAGGAUGAAGGCUGCGAGCAGGGCGAUCAACGAUCUGCUGACAAAGCAAAAAUAUAAGAUGGCUGCACACCCAUUCUAUAUGCCAGUUGACCCGAUCGCGCUCGGUAUCCCUGCUUAUUUCGACGUGAUCAAGCGACCCAUGGACUUGUCCACCAUCGCCAACAAGAUCGCUGCGGAACAAUACGCCGAGGCCGCUGGGGUCGACAAGGAUGUCAAAUUGAUGAUCAAAAACUGUUUCACUUUCAAUCCGCCUGGGACACCCGUGCAUACGUGUGGGGAACAGUUACAAAAGUUCUGGAACGAGAAAUGGAGAGAGGUCUUGGCCGUACCGGAGCAGGAGGCUACCGAAGAGGACCCGGCCCUAGAUCGAGAGCUGGAACAGCUGGAAAGACAACGAGCCGAAAUAUCGGCUAGGAUCGACGAGAUCCACCGUAUCAAAGCCGACAAGGGCAAACAGAAGGCGAAACCCAACACUCAGUCAGGAUGGUCCGGUUCGAAACCUUCGAAAGCUGGAGGUGCCGGUGCGCAAAACCAUGGAGGACCCUCGAAACCGCCUGCCAAGUUGGGUCGACCGGCAAAGAACGGCGGAGCUGCCGCUGGUGCCGGACCUGGACCGAAGCCGAAGAAGCAGAACGGCCGCCGACCAAGCGAUGCGCGAGACUAUGGGGAUUCGGACGCCGAGGAUGGGAUGCUCGAGGUGCCGACUCUGGCACAAAAGCAAGAGUUGGCCGACAAGAUCGCCGAUGCUAACCCUGAAGUGUUGAUGCAAGCGCUCGACCUGAUCCAAAGGACGACUCAGCUCGGUAACCACAAUGACGAGAUCGAGCUCGACAUCGAUGCCCUGCCUAACAAUACGAUCGCGCAACUCUACAACCUGGUCAUCAAGGGCAUCCAGCCCGGACAGGCUGUCAAGAAGAAGAAGUCGGGACCGAAACCAGGUGGUCAGAACGGGCAUCAGCAUCACGGUCAGCCGGGACCUAAGAAGGGCUCGAAGAAGUCUGGCAUGGGCGGUCGAGGCGGCGGCGGUGCGGCCGGUAAGAAUGAAAUGGAAGUCGAGCGUAUCAAGGCGUUAGAGGCCGAGUUGUCCAGGAUCAGGGGAGAGGAAGAGGAGGAUGGUGGAGAGGAUUAUGGACACGAUGAGGACGACGAUGGCGAGGAAGAGUACGAGGGCGCGUACAGCGAAGAAGAGGGUUAG